AUGCACCAUCGGAGGGCGUCACCAUCGGCGGACGUCGUCAAGGAAUGUGGGAUAAUCGACUUUGCCGGCGGAACCUGUCCGCCAGUGUCGCCAGACUCGGGGCGCGAAUCAAGUCGUGAUGUAAAAGCUGCAGAAGGCGGGUGCUGCGACGAGGACACGAGGAGAGAGCAAAUCGCUUGUGGCGACGCCGGAAUCAUAGUGGCAUUUGCCUCGUGUCGCCAGAAGGCCGCUCUCGCCGGUUCCAAGCGCAGGCCGGAUCGAUGGAGAUCCGACCAAGGCAAACCGCGGCAACAACCCGAUGACGAUGAAGAUGUCUUCCCACGACUGAUUGAGCGAGCGAUGCGUUUCUGGAUCUGGAUCAAGGACGCCACUGUGAGCAUCUCUGCCAGCCCAAAAUGCGCUGGUUUUGAGGAGAAUUUUUCUUCCCCAAGGGCAGAACCAGCCAUCGCUGCUAUUUUCUCGCCAGAUGGCUCCCCGCAAGCGAAUGACGCCACCCAGGCGACCAAGUGGAUCCAGAGUACCCACAAGAUCCUUGGUCUGCAGCAAUGGAUGAGCACCACACCAAGUCCCAAGAUCCCUGGGUUGGAUCCCUUCCUGCAAUACAUUCGCCAUGUGUUCGAUGGAGACAUGCUGGACAAACAGCUGUACUUCAGCCUGACCCGGCGACGGCGAUUCAAGCGACUCGAUCUCCACAGCAAGCGACAGCGCACCGUCCACGAGAUGUGCAAGCAAGUCAUUGACCAGGCACCAAAGGAGACCGAAGUGGUGAUUGCCUUUGGGAAUGUUUCGUGGAAACAGGGGAAGGGAUACGCAUCCAGUCCCAGGAGACUCAGGUUUGCCAAGUACUUUGAGCAGUUCCACCACCACCAGAGACGACCACCAGACCGACCCGUCUCCAAGAUCCAUGUGUGCUCGGUGAACGAGUUCAACACAUCCCAGCCAGGAACAUGA